UCUCUGGGCUAGGAAGCUUCAGGUUCUGGGCCUGGCUCUCUGUACCCUCUAGGCAACCAGGAUUAGGGAGAGGGUUGGGGUCAGCCAAAAAGAGGGGCACUGAGCCUAUGACCGCUGUAGCCACCUUCAUAAGGGAAAUCCGGUGUCCACAGUCCUUGGCUAGAGGGCUCUGAUUCCGCCUAGGGUUGGACUCUGGCCUGGAGGUCUCAAUGAACAGACCUGAAAUGAUGAGCUGGAGGCCCUGGGGCCUGGCAGGGGAGGAAAUCAGAGGGAAGAGUGGCUGAGCCUCCUGUGCCCUGGGCAGACCAUGCCCUGGUGCCUCUUCUCCCGGUACCUGGGGCACUGUCACCCCAACUGAAGGCUGCUCCCAAACAGGUCUCCUCACUCUACCUGAGCACCAUGACAGACAACAUGGCCUAGACUGCCACAUCACCAGCACUCUGUCUGCUGGGAUCCCAGGGGUCCAGAUCCACCAACACCACUCUCCCUUGCCCCGUGUUUAUCUUGCUCCCAAACUGGUAGUUCUUCUUCACAAGGCCACCAGUCAUCCUACCUCAUCCUACACUCAUCUCCACCAGACUAGUUCAUCGCUUAACCCGACUGCCACAGCCUCCAGCUUCCCGCUUCCCGUACAUGACACCAAAUUGGCGGAGAGGUAGCCUCCCAGACCAGCUCCUUCCUGUCAUGUCACUUUUAUAAGCUUUGAGUGGCUCACUGACAUGAUCAAAUCUGGAUGUCUAGAUUCUUGAGGAACUUCUUGCUGUCUCACCUGACAAACUUCACUGCUUUUGAGCCUUUCUGCCUCCUUGGACCUUCCUCAUUGUCAUCCUGAGAAGCCAGGAGCCCCAACAGGCAUCUGCAUAGGCAGUGAGGAAAUUGGGUACUGAGUGUGCAGGUGCACAGGCCCUGCUGAAAUCCCUCCUGCACCUUCACUUCAUUUUCUGUUAUACCCCACAUCCAACCCAUCAGCAAAUCCUAUCAUUCCUUCCUUCAAAAUCUAUCCAGAAUCUGACUCUGCUUCCCUAACCAAGACUGGUUCAAACACCAUCAUCUCUCACACCUCUUCUUUCUGCUUCCUUCCACAUCUUUUCUGCUUCAACUCUUGUCCACCUUCAGCCCAUUCUCAACACAGAAGAGAUCCUCUUAACACAUAAAUCUUAUCAUGUCAUUCCUCUGCUUGAAAUCCUCCAUUGGCUUUCAAUUCACUCAGGGUAAGAGCCCAAAUCCUUACAAUGGCCUUCAAGGUGAUAUGGCCCCAUUCUCCUUUCUAACCGCACCCCUUGCUAUUCUUCUCCUCAGUUACUUUGCUCCAGGUCCCCUGAACCCACCAGACAUUUCUGCCUCAGGACCUUUGCACUUGCUGGUUCUUUUGUCUAAAACACUCUUCCUUCAGGUAAGCACAUGACCUGCCCCCUCUCUUCAGAGAGGGCUUCCCUGAGCACCCAACCCGAAUAGCAGCCCUCACUAUUCUCUAUUCUCUUAUGCUGCCUCAUUUUUCUUCAUAGCACUGAUUACCACUUCACACAUUUCUAUUUGUCUACUUGUUUAUCGUCACUCCUUCCCUAUUCCAUGAGAACAGGGACUUGUUUUGUUCAUUGCUAUAUCCCCAGUGUCUAGAGUAGUGCCUGGCACAUGGUAGGCAUGUAAUAAAUACUUGUUGAAUGAAUGGACAGAUGAAUGAGCAAAUUACUGUGUCCUUUAUCUCUUAAACUAGGUCCUAAGCACCUUAAGGGCAGGUGUCCCCACUUUAUCAUAUUUGUGCCCCAGCGUGAACACUUGUGAACACUGACAAUAUAUGUACAGUGAUCGAAACAAUUUGUAAGUAUCAUGUAGAAACCAAUUUAGCCAAGCACCAUGGAAUAGGGAUUGGGAACACUGGAAUUCAAAAGAACAGAGUUCCCAACCAGGCUGCCACUAAGGAGCUGUGUGGUCUGGAACAAACAGUCCAUAUGGGCCUCUGUUUUCUCAUCUGUAAAGGCAAGUCUUGGACUAGAUUUUGAAAUCCCGUUCAGCCUUGAUAUUCUGUGGUGGUAAAUUUAGGGCAAUUGCACAUUCCUCUGACAAGCAUUUGCUGAGCUAAGUUUCAGGCACUAAUGGAAAAAACAAGAACCUCUCAAGAGUUCCCGGAUUGAAGGAACAAAAUAAAAUAGGGUCAGCUUGGCUGCAAUAAGAGCUGAGUCUUUUUUUUUUUUUUAAUUAAACUAUAGUUGACUUACAAUAUUGUGUUACUUUCAAAUGUAUAGCAAAGUGGUUCAGUUAUGUAUUUUUCCAGAUUCUUUCCAUCAUAGGUUAUUACAAGAUAUUGAAUAUAGCUCCUUGUGCUAUACAGUAUGUCCUUAUUGGUUAUUUUAUAUAUAGUGGUGUGUAUCUGUUAACCCCAUAUUCCUAAUUUAUCCCUCCCUCCCCUUUCCCCUUUGGUAACCGUGAGUUUUUUUCCUAUGUUUGUGAGUCUGUUCCUGUUUUGUAAAUAAGUUCAUUUGUGUUCUUUUUUAGGUUCUACAUAUAAGUGAUAUCAUAUAAUAUUUGUCUUUCUCGGUCUGACUUCACUUAGUAUGAUAAUCUCUAGGUCCAUCCAUGUUGCUGCAAAAGGAUUAUUUUGUUCUUUUUUAUGGCUGAGUAGUAUUGUAUUGUAUAUAUGUACCACAUCUUUUUUAUCCAUUCAUCUGUUGAUGGACACUUGGGUUGCUUCCACAUCUUGCCUGUUGCAAAUAAUGCUGCUAUGAACAUUGGGGUGCACAUGUCUUUUCAAAUUAGAGUUUUCGUCUUUUCCAGAUAUAUGCCCAGGAGCAGGAUUGCUGGAUCAUAGGUAGCUCUAUUUUUAGUUAGUUUUUUUUUAAAAUUUAUUUAUUUUUGGCUGCGUUGGGUCUUCCAUGCUGCGCGCGGGCUUUCUCUAGUUGUGGUGAGUGGGGGCUACUCUUCGUUGUGGUGUGCGGGCUUCUCAUUGAGGUGGCUUCUCUUGUUGCUGAGCACGGGCUCUAGGCGCACGGGCUUCAGUAGUUGUGGCACCCAGGCUCAGUAGUUGUGGCUCACGGGCUCUAGAGUGCAAGCUCAGUAGUUGUGGCGCACAACUUAGUUGUUCUGCGGCAUGUGGCUUAGUUGUUCUGAGGCAUGUGGGAUCUUCCUGGACCAGGGAUCAAACCUGUGUCCCCUGCAUUGGCAGGCGGAUUCUUAACCACUGAGCCAGCAGGGAAGUCCCUAUUUUUAGUUUUUUAAGGAACCUCCAUACUUUUUUCCAUUAUGGCUAUGCCAAUUUACAUUCCCACCAACAGUGUAGGAGGGUUCCCUUUUCUCUACACCCUCUCCAGCAUUUAUUGUUUGUAGACUUUUUAAUCAUGGCCAUUCUGAUUGAAGUGAGGUGAUACCUUAUUGUAUUAAUAGUUUGGGGAGACUUCCCUGGUGAUCAGUGGGUAGGACUCCAUGCUCCCAAUGCAGGGAGCCCGGGUUCGAUCCCUGGUCAGGGAACUAGAUCCCACAUGCAUGCCCCAACUAAGAGUCCGCAUGCCACAACUAAGAAGUCUGCAUGCCUCAACUAAGAAGUCUGCGUGCUGCAACUAAGAGAUUCUGCAUGCAGCCAAAGUAAAUAAAUAUUUUUAAAUAAAGUAAAAUAAAUAGUUUUGACUUGCAUUUCUCUAAUAUUCAGCGAUGUUGAGCAUCUUUUCAUGUGCCUGUGAGAGCCAUCAGUAUGUCUUCUGUGGAGAAACGACUAUUUAGGUCUUCUGCCCAUUUUUUGAUUGGGUUUUUUGUUUUUUUUUGAUAUUGCGUUGUAUGUGCCGUUUGUAUAUUUUGGAAAUUAAGCCUGUGCCGGUCGCAUCGUUUGCAAAUAUUUUCUCCCAUUCGGUAGGUUUUUUCCUUUUGUUUAUGGUUUCCUUUGCUGUGCAAAAGCUUCUAAGUUUGAUUAGGUCCCAUUUGUUAAUUUUUGGCUUUAUUUCUUUUGCCUUGGGAGACGGAUCUAAGAAAAUAUCGCUGCAGUCUAUGUCUGAGAAUGUUUUGCCUAGUUCUCUUCCAGGAGUUUUAUGGUGUCAUGUCUUAUUUAAGUCUUUAAGCCAUUUUGAAUUUAUUUUUGUGUAUGGUGUGAAGAGCUGAGUCUUAAUAAAGAGGCAGAAGCAUGCCCUGGAGUCAAGACUGGGAAGGAUAUUCUAGGCCAAAGAAAUGGCUGUGCGAAGGCAGGAGCAUGGGGAAUGGGAUAUUUGUAACUACAACCAUACAACUUAUAUUACACAAAGAAUUUUUGAGACAAAACAGCUUUUGUACGCCGAGAAGUAUGCCCUGCAUCCAGCAAAACUGAAGUCUCAGCCAGGAAAACAUUCACAACAGCCAGGUGAGGAAUGCCACAACCUAAACUGUUCAGAUUUAGGAAAUGACCCGGCCCGUGCCCUCGCUGCUUCCUGUGAGGUCUUUCUUCCCCAACGACCUGGGGCGGCUCCAAGGCCACCUCAUACCCGUUUCUACCUCCCUAGCUCACCAUAGCCCCUAGGCUGGGAACAAAGGCGGACCAACCAAUUGCUACUCGGUGGGAUUUGGGGGAAAAGGCAAGGUCUAACCGCAGGUCAGGCGCCCCAAACAGAGCGUGGCGGUUGCCCUUGGCAUGCUGCAACCUCCCCGGUAGCUGAAGCAUCCUUGUUACCAGGCUCGCUGCAGGCGAGGCUGGGGUCUGCUCCCCGCUCAUUGGUCCGCAGAGAAGCACCUCUGAGGAACCCCUGUUGCCCAGGCGAGGACGAGAGCCCAUUGGUCGGGACACCUCACAAUGCCCCCCCCCGCCCCCCACCCCCCACCCCCGCGCGUGCAGGGUUCUUCCCAUUGGUUCGCUGCCUGCCUCGGGAGCCCCCUGUGGCCUCCAACCAGGCAGCCUACUUGGCGCCCUGCAGCCAGUGCCCCCAAGCUGACCCUGCUCCCCAUUGGCUGCUUUGGGGGCCGCCGCCAUCUAAUGAGGAGGGAGGCGCAGAGUACCAGAGCACGCGCUCCCUGCGGCGGGAUCUAGCCCUGCAGCCUCGGGACCGGGCAGGGGCCGAAGCUGUGCAAAGGCCGAGAGACCGGCUUCUCUACGGAGGACACCCGUUCUCCCUCCGGACCUGGUCUGGGUCGCAGCUCGGGCUUCCCGUCGCGGAGCUGUGCAUCUCCAAGUCUGGAACCCAAGCCGCGAGGCUCCAGUAAGUACGAAGCACCCACGCAGCGUGCGCACCGGCUCAGGGCGCACGGAGAGAGUGUCCCUGCUCCUGUGUAUGCAGUGUGCGUCUCCAUUUACUUAUCCCCUUAAUCGUUUAUCCACCCAUCGUUUAUCGGUUCGUUUAUUUGGCAUUCUGGGUGCACUUGCUGCGCCGCUUGUCCACAUCCUUCUCUCCGACGGGUGUUGGGAAAUCCUGUGCCCUGAAGAAUUCGGACUGAGAUCCGAACGGAAGAGUGGUGUAGACGAGGGUGCAACCCCGGAGCGACCAUGUUCUACUAUCCCAGCGUGCUUCAGCGCCACACCGGCUGCUUCGCCACCAUCUGGCUGGCGGCAACGCGCGGCACCCGGUUGGUGAAGCGUGAAUACCUGAAGGUGAACGUGGUGAAGACCUGCGAGGAAAUCCUCAAUUACGUGCUGGUACGAGUCCAGCCCCCGCUGCCAGGCCUGCCGCGGCCCCGCUUCUCCCUUUAUCUCUCAGCCCAGCUCCAGAUCGGCGUCAUUCGGGUCUACUCUCAACAAUGCCAGUACCUUGUAGAGGACAUCCAGCACAUCCUGGAGCGCCUGCACCGGGCCCAGCUGCGGAUCCGCAUUGAUAUGGUGGAGACUGAACUACCCAGCCUGCUGCUGCCUAAUCACCUGGUCAGGAUGGAGGCUCUGGAAGAUGCUCCAGACCCCUUUUUUGGGAUGAUGUCUGUGGAGCCCAUACUGCCCAGUCCCUUCAAAAUCCCUCAGAUUCAACACCUCCUAGAGGCUGUGACCCCAGAGAGAGUUCUUGAAGAGAUCCCUCCUGAAGUUCCUAUAGAGCCAGAAAGGAUUCUGGUCACUGCACCGUCCCCCGAGGCCAUCACGCUCCUGGAGGUGGAGCCCAUACGUAUGCUAAAGAUUGAGGGUGAGCGGGACCUCCCAGAGAUCAGCCGCCGAGACUUGGACCUGCUGAUCGCAGAGGAGGAGGAAGCCAUCUUGUUAGAGGAACGUCGGCUAGAGUACGAAGAGGAGCUCCGGGCCCCAGAGAGGGAGGUCACAAUCCCCCCGCCCUCACCUCUAGCUCUUCCAGAGGUGGAGGAGGCUGCAGAGCCACUUCUGCUGAAGCCACCAGCCUGGGAGCCUGAGGCCCUACUUCCUGAGGUAACCCCCCCGCUGGAGCUGCGUCUGCCAGCCCCACCCAGCCCAGAGCGGAGGAGGCCCCCAGUCUCCCCACCUCCCAGGGUCCCACCUGCCCGCCGCCGCCGCCGCUUAUUAUUCUGGGACCGGGAGACCCAGAUACCCCGGAAGGAAUUCCUGGAACAAAUGCAAACCAGAGCCCACUGCCGGGAGUGUCCAAUGGUGCAGCCUCCUGAGAGGAUGAUCACGAGCCCUGCAGAGCUGUUCCGAACCCCGACUCACUCUGGCCGGCUACCCCAAGAACUGCUGGCUUUCUGGACCCACUGUGCCCAGCCACUCCCACUAGCACUCAGGAGAAGGCCGCCCCUGGCGCCUGAGGAAGAGGAAGCUGAGAGGGAGGCGGCAGCUGAGGAGGAAAGGAGAAAGGCUGAAACUCCAAGCGAUAUCGAGGUCCUGAGGGAGGCCCUGGAGCCCAGUGUGCCCCUCAUGCUGCCUUCAGAGAUCUCCCUAGAAGCGGCUGAGGAGGAGAAGACCCGCAUCAGCCUCGUGCCCCCGGAAGAACGGUGGGUCUGGGCUGAGGAGCCAGAAGCCCCUGCAUUGCCCGUGGUGCCUGAGCUCCCUGAGGUGCCUGUGGAGAUGCCUGUGGAGCUGCCCCCAGAGCCUGAGCCGCUCUCGCUGGAGGCUGUGCACAGGUACCAGGAAGGGCAUGCCUCCGUGGGUGGCCUGGGCUGCAGCCUCAGCUCACAGUUCUUGACCCCCACAGGGCAGUGGCACGGGAGCUGCAGGCCAAGAGGGAGCCUGACUUCAGCAGCCUGGUGCCACCUCUCAGUCCCCGUAAGGUGGCCGCCCGGGUCUUCUACCUGCUCCUGGUGCUUGCUGCACAGCAGAUCCUUUGUGUGAAACAAGAGGAGCCAUAUGGGCGCCUCCUGAUCCAGCCAGGGCCCCGAUUCCACUGCGGUUAGAGCCAAUUUACAAAGCUGCCAGGGAACCAGCUAUGGUAAACGGUGUCCUGCCUCACUUCUGAACACGGGUCUCUAUCCUUCCUGCUCCCAGCGCUACUGUUCAAGAGGAAAAUAAACUGCCUUUAUUACA